AUGGCAGCGCCACAAAGGUUUCAGUUUACUGCUGUACCAGGGUUGAAGGCUAAUGUUGCCGAUAAGGAUGAUCCAGUGCCGUACUUUGAACUGUUUUUUGAUGAUGACAUUUUAGCAGUUAUUGUGGAGCAGACCAACCUCUAUGCUGCACAGUUCAUCGAUGAGCACAAAGGUCAGGAGAAACACAACACCAUGAUGGAUCUAGGCAUUCCAAAUGUGUCGAGGAAGCUCUACAAGCUGUACCCUAUCCUAAACCAUCUGCGCCAGAAAUUCAAGUCCGUGUACCAGCCAGAGCAGGAGAUUGCAAUAGAUGAAUCGCUCAUGAUGUGGAAAGGCCGUCUUGGCUGGAAACAGUACAUUCCAUCAAAGCGAGCACGCUUUGGCAUCAAGUCCUACGAGUUGUGCGAAUCCCAAUCCGGCUAUAUUUGGGAUUUCUUCACCUACACCGGGCAAGACACCGAAUACCGUGCUGAGUACCGUGAUAACCCAUCAAUGGGAGCCAGGGUCAUCCUCUCGCUUGCACAUCCUCUCCUCGAUCAAGGGUAUGGGAUAAACAUGGACAACUUCUUCAGUUCUCCAAUCCUGUUUGACUUCCUGUGUCAGCAUGAAACAGAUGCUGUAGGUACAAUCAGACCCAACAGAAAAGGCCUACCUGUCCAGAUGACGCAGAAGCGGUUGAAAAAGGGGGAAAGUUGUGACUACUACCGUGGUAAGUUGAUGGCUCUCAAAUGGAGAGAUAAGAAAGACGUCCAUAUGCUCUCCACUUACCACAAUGGUACUAAAGUAGAUGUUAGACAGAGAGGGGAUAAAGUGGUGUCGAAACCCCAAGUCUGCCUUGACUACUACGAUACAAUGGGUGGCGUUGACCUGAGUGAUGCCUAUAUCUCAAAACGAACCAGGAAGAGGCUCAAAAAGUACUACCAGAAGCAAUUCAGACAUCUAGUGGACAUGUCUGCUCUCUACGCCUACUUGCUGUACAAGAAACAGGGGGGAAAGAUGGACAGGCUGACCUUUCAGUUGGAUCUGAUUGAGGGCAUUCUGGCAAAGUAG